UAUAUCUCUGGUAUGCAAUGCGUCUUAGGUUUCCAAAAGACGCUUAAGGGGUUGUUGGUGGAGCAUCUGUCGGUGGAAAGGGAUAUCUUCGUCAAUACCUCCAAUGGCAGUUCAAGGAGUGUGGAAGGGGAACAGCUGAACCUUUCCAUAUCUGUACAAGAAUAGCGACUGGCUCCAAUCAAGCUGCUUCCAAGCUGCCAUGACGACGCCUUAUGCCGAUGGCACUCAGCCGGUUCCACACGAGAGGAGACUUGCCUUGAUUUGUGCGUGAAAUCUGGUGAUCUGGAGCUAUUUUCGACAAGUCUGCCUUGCCAUUGACAAAUCCUUGCUACCAGGAUACAUCGCAACAGCUUCUGACUCAGUAAAGCACCAAGUAUGAUGGCAAGUGGGAUCCGAUAGUGGGUCGAUCUCUUAUAGGGAGAAGUAUAAGAAGCCUACUCCUUCCCAGCUCGGAGGACCGACGUUUGUCCUACAAUUUACAUCUCUUUGAACCCUCCGCUCUCUCCUUGACCCAGCAUCUUUCAUCAACAUGAAUCCAGAACCGCAGACCCACGACAGCCAGCUAAGUAUGGAGAUCGACUGGACCUCUGACGCGGACUCAUCAAUCCCUCAUAACGACAUGAACGAUCUGGAUUCUCAGCUGCAAGCCAUAUCACAGAACAGCGAUGACCUAUCAGCCAUUCUUGGUCUCGAUACCUGCAACUCGGAUUCGAAUGCAGAGACCCUGCAAGAGGGCAUUGAAAACCCGUGUUCCGAAACUCAGUUUACUGCAGAGGAAACACACACACGUCUCAUUGGCGCCACCCAGCCGGCAACAGGUGUUCCACCCCCUACUGCUGAUGCCAAUGAUUCCAACCCUCAUCCCAUCCACUCCGCUUCAGGAUUGGCGAUCCAGGAAGCAUCGGAAACAAUUUCCAAGGGAGGCGAUGACCAACCAAAACCGGAGGUUAGCUCAAUGCAAGAGCUAGAGGCUCAGCUUCGACUAUUGCGGUACAAGCUACAGAACGGGUUCUUCCCAACUGCUGGAAAGCCUAAAGCAGAUGAGAUGAAAACCAUGUCUGCUUACCUGAAGAAACUGGAGUACAUUGGAGACCCACCGCAAAGUCUCCUGAGCGGUACCAGAAUUACCAAACUUCUCAAAAAGAUCAGAGAUCUGGAUGAAAUCCCAAGAAACGGCAGAUACUGUUUUAAAGAGCGAGUAAUUGCGUUACUCCAGAAGUGGGGAACGAAGUUGGACCAAGAAGAUCAGACCACACCCUCGACUGGGCAGCAAAUCAAACAUGAUGACAUUGGACUCAGCGCAGUUGUAGACGAGCAGAAGCCUGCCAAUACGGCGGACUCACAAAGAUCCCUGAAAAUUGAUACGAAACCUUCAGCAACUGGUUCGAUAGAGGAAAGGGCACUGAAUAUGGUCGCAAAAUCAGAGCAAUCAACCAGCGAUCAUGGCGAUGAGUCCCCGGGUAAUCCCGUCAACGAGAGUUCCCAGCCUACCCCGCCCUCUUCACCCAACCUUCAUCGGGCAUACAAACUCAUGCCAGAACAAGAGGUGAUUGAUUUGACGAGUGACGAUGAGGUAGAUCUGGCUGCCGGAUCAGAGUCACCCCGCCAACCUGCCGAUCAUCAAAAUCCUCGACCCAGCGUAGCGAAGAGCCCCCAGGCACCCAAGUCGCCAUCGCCCCCAAGUACAAGUGAGUUGUUCUCGGUACUACCUACGAAUGACCUAACAUGGAGUGGCAGAUUCUGGAUCCAUUUCCACCCCAGCUCAGGAGGACCAGGCGAGUCCGAAGUCUACUUCGGCCAAGUCGGGCAUCAAAAAAAGAAAGCGCUCCAAUGUUACUGACGAUGGGAGAGAUCUGGUGUCAGUUUCAGGCUCUC